UUAGAAUUUCGAAAUUUUAGACUCACCACGGUUCAGCUGUCACCGCGCCGCGAGCUCGAACCAAGGUUCACGCUCUUGUGCGCGCCGUCACCUCCCUGCCACAGCUCGUUGCCGUCGUCCUUCGAAGUUUCUGCCGCCGGUCACCAGCUCACCAGCUCCCUGCCACCACAGCUCGUCAGCAGUCACAGCUGGUGUUCACUUCACUUCUCCUGAUGCUAUGGCUGAUAUUGAUCCCCACACGUUGACCUGCCACGCCUGUGGCAACGUCGGCCUUGUUGAUGGCGAUGACGGCUUUUUCUAUUGCAACCGCUGUGGUUCCCCUCUGAGGAUGUGGUCGAUACUGCCGUCGAUGACAAUGAUCUCUUCAACAGCGGCGGUGCUUCCACCGGCAUAUACCUCACCAGUCAGCAGCUCCACCAGCUCUCCACAGUCGCAAUCAAAGCAGAACCAAUCUCCCAGUAUGACUCACAGUCGGUCCUUCUCUGCAACCUCAGCUUGGAGGACGAUGACGACCAAACCCCUCCUCGGAACAAUGCCAGCAAGGUGAAGAGAGAGGAGGAGAAUUAUGCUCUGCUUUUCGGCGAUAUUCACUCUGUUCCAGAGGAUUUUGCUGAUGUGGCUGGCACUAAUGUUCUGAGCUUUGAGGAUUAGCAGAAUGAAGUUAGGAUGAGGUAUGUGUUUGGGUUGCAGAUUAUGGUUCAGCUUCAGUGCGAGGCGUUGUUUAAGGAGUUCAAGGUUACUCCUUUGAUUUGCGGGUUGAUGCCGCCCAUUUGGUUGCGGUUUGUGUUCGGAACUGGUGUCUUCAAUGAUGAUUGGGCUGAUAAAGUUAUCCAUGACUCAGAAAUGCAGCACGAAGAAGAAGAACCUGAAGAUCAGUAAUACAGAGAGGAACCCCAUAAUUUAUAUGGCCAGCAUGCCGUGAUAUGGUUCAGGACCUUAAAGAAAAGAAUUCCACCAUCCUGUACUCUUGCUGUUUCUUUUCUGGCAUGUCAUGUUGCAAGGGAAUAAAACCUGUUCUGCCAUCUGACUUAAUCAAGGGGACACUGGAAGCGAAGAUUCCAUAUAUUUCUGCAUUUGUUGAAAUUGAAAGGUGUCUUGGACGCCCAUCAAGUGCAUGUCCUAUUAGUUCAGGUGUGAUGUUCAAGCCUCAACGAGUUCUUACGGUACUGAAGCUAGAAACAUUUGCUGCAUCAAUUGCGCAGUUCAUAGGCUUGAGUUACCUCCUGUGAAUUUCUUUGGAAUAGUACAUCGCUAUCUUCAGUGAUUAUCUCUUCCUUCUGAAAAGAUUCUUCCUCAUGUAUGCCGCAUAUAUGAAUGGGCCGUGCCUCCAGAUUUGUGGUAAUCCUUAUCAGAAAAACAUUUUAAGCCACCUAUUCAUGUUUGUGUGAUGUCAGUUCUGAUUGUAGCAAUAAGAAUGUUGUAUAACAUAAACCGUUCAGGAGAAUGGGAGAAAAGUUUGUCCAACAAAGGCAAUACCAAAGACAAUGGUGAGAAGGGUACUGUUUUUUCCCCAUGUGAUAGACCUAGUUCUGGUGAAGAAGGUUCCGAGACAAAUUGAAACAACAGGAACAUGAAUUAGACACUUCAGGAUUUCUCCAACACCUUCAAACAAUAUAUAGUGAUCUUGCCGAUACCCAAGAGUAUUCAAAAGACCUGGCAUCAUAUCUCAAACACUGUAGGGAUGUUGUCUUUGCUGGAUCAGAGGCAUCAUAUGGGAAUUACGAGGAAGAAAAGAUGAUAGAAUACUUGUGGAACUCUUAAAAGAAUGAAAAGGAUACUAAGCCUUCAGAACAUGGAGAGGAAUCUAACAAGAUCGAGGGAUGAUGCAUUGCUUUGUAGGACAUUUGGGAGGGAGGACAAGAAAACAACAUUCCAAUCAGCCAUCUCGUUACAACACCACCCCUGGAAAUCAUUUGCCUCAAAAUGUGGAUAAUGAUGAUGGCGACAAUGACAAGGAUGAUGACUCCUCAGAGAGUUUUAGAGGCAGUGAUGACUCAGAUUCCAAUGCGCAUAGUUCAAAAAAACCUCAUGUCAAGGUAGCCAUUGCACGGAUGAAGUUAGACAUGGAGGAAAACAGGUUCUACUAUAUACCACCUAUUGUCAAUAAGAAAAGACGACACGAUUAUCUUCAGUACGUGAGAAAGAUGGAUGAAGGUGUCUUGGACUAUGUUGCUCAUGCUGAUUACUAUGCAUGUUGGCGUGUUGAAGCUCAAAAGAAGACUUGCUUGGUUAGAUGAACAGAUUGACGAAUGCUUGCAGUUGAAACCAGAGAGAAUUUCUUGCAAGUUCUGCAGUGAUGUGGCCCCUGAAAAUGAAUCUGAUGAUGUACAUGGGCUAUUAGAUUUGAAUAUUUGAGAAUUAAUAUAGAAGGACUGGUGCACCCAACUUGACUCAUCUCGAUGUUAGAAGGUGCUCAAAGUUGAAGGCAUUGCCAAAUACUCUUCUCCCAGACUUGUAGGUUACCAGAGGCUUGUCUGCUGCCGCCUAACUUGAAACAUAUUAAUAUCUGGAAAUUUCUGAUCACUUGUUGAGAUCAUAUCAUGGCUGCUGCACUUGUUGGUGGAGCUUUUCUUUCUGGCUUCAUUAACGUCGCCUUUGACAGGUUCCUAACAACUGAUGCUGUCAACUUGGUCUUGGGCAAGAAACUUGGCCCUGACUUGGUUCAAAGGCUGAAGACUGCUCUGCUGGGUGCUGAAGCUCUUGUUGCUGAUGCUGAGAUGAAGCAGUUCGGUAAUCCAUCUGUGAGGAAGUGGCUCGAUAGUCUCCGGGAUGCUGUUUACUGUGCUGAGGACUUGCUCGACACUGUCCUCGCCAAAGCUGCCACUCAAAAGGAGCUAAGUUCUUCCUGGUGGUCCCCUAGCUUCUCCAUCAACCGAGAUAGAGAUGACAUGGUAGACAAGAUGGAAGCGGUGGUUAGAAGAAUUGAGGAUCUUGGAAAACAAAAAGAUUUCCUUGGUCUUGAAAAGAUUCCCACUGGUAGCUCAUCAUGGAGGACUCCAUCCAGUUCUCUUGUAAAAGGGAGUGUGUAUGGCAGGGAGGAUGACAAGAAGGCCUUAAUCAAGAUGCUGAAUGACAACUGUGAGCAUCACUUGUCUGUGAUGGCUAUUGUUGGCAUAGGUGGGGUUGGUAAAACAACUUUAGCCCAAUGGCUGUACAACAAUGAGGAGUUCAUGAAGGGAUUUGAUCUGAAAGCAUGGGUUUGCGUUUCAGAGAAGUUUGAAGUUGUUGAGACUACAAGGAAUGUCAUAAAGCAGAUCCAUGGAGGUACUUGUAGUCUCGACGAUUUCAAUUCACUUCAAAAUGCUUUGAAAGGAGAAUUGUCGAAUAAGAAGUUCUUUAUUGUUCUGGAUGAUGUUUGGAGCGAUGAUGGUGACAAAUGGAGUAAUUUUAUGACCCCUUUCCAACAAAAUGGGAAUAAGGGAAGUAUUGUUCUUCUGACUACUCGGGAGGAAAAUGUUGCUUCUGCAGUUCAAAAUUGUCGCCCUUAUUUUCUCAAGAAGUUGUCGGAGGACUAUUGUUGGUCAGUGUUUGCAGAAAAUGCAUCUUUUCCACAGUCAAAUGGGAGAGCAGCAAUUGAAGAAAUAGGUAGAAAGAUUGUCAAGAAGUGUGAUGGCUUGCCAUUAGCUGCAGAAACACUUGGUCGCUUGUUACGUACUAAGCAUGAUGUUGAGGAAUGGAACAAGAUACUAAUGAGUGAUAUUUGGGAAUUUUCGGUGGAGAAGAGUAAGAUUAUUCCAGCAUUACUGAUAAGUUACUUCCAUCUUUCUCCAUAUUUAAAGCGUUGUUUUGUUUAUUGUGCUUUAUUUCCCAAGGAUUAUGAAUUUGAGAAAGAUGAAUUAAUCCUUUUGUGGAUGACAGAAGAUCUUUUACCACCACCAAAGAGAGGAGAAAGAUUAGAAGAAGUUGGUUGUGAGUGUUUUAAUGAACUAACUUCCAGAUUAUUUUUCACGAAGAGUGAAGACUUUGGUGAUUAUUUUGUGAUGCAUGAUCUCUUGCAUGACUUAGCAAUAUUCCUUGCUGGAGAUUUCUAUUGCAACUCAGAAGAACUUGCUAAAGAGGAGAUAAAGAUUCAGACUCGGCAUUUGUGGGUAGAUUUAAGUCAUUGUAGCUCAAAACUUUAUAAUUCUAUUUCUAAAGUAGAAUCUUUGAGAACAUUAUUAUUCUUUGGCGAUUUCUCUUCUCCCAACUGCAACAUUGAAGCGGCAACAUGUGAGAUAUUAUCAAAGUGUAAAUACUUGAGAGUUUUAUCCCUUAGAAAACUUGAUGAGGUGCCUAAUUUAAUAGGAGAAUUGAUCCAUCUGCGCUACUUGGAUCUCUCUUGGACUGGUAUUAAGACACUGCCAGAGUCUUUGUGCAACUUGGGUAAUUUGCAAAUAUUGAUGUUGUAUGAUUGUUCUAAGCUAACUACACUGCCUAGUGGUUUGCAUAAUCUUGUGAGUUUGUGGCAUCUUUAUAUUAGAAAAACCUCUUUGGAAGAAAUGCCCAGGAAAAUGAGCGAAUUGAGUCAGUUGCACGUUUUAAGUUCCUUUAUCGUUGGCAAGCACGAAGACAAUGGAAUCCAGGAGUUAGGAGGGCUGGCAAAUCUUCAUGGAUCCGUUGAGAUUAAGAAGUUGGAGAAUAUUGUUGAUGUGGAAGAAGCAAAGAGGGCAAAGAUAAUGGAUAAGAAGCACAUUGAUGAAUUAUGUUUGGAAUGGUCUUCAGGUGAUGAUUUGGUUUCAAGUACACAAAAAGAAAGAGACAUUCUCGAUAAGUUGCAACCGCAGAAUGGGUUGAAAGAGUUGAAAAUCAAUGGAUACAAGGGUACAAUAUUUCCAGAUUGGUUGGGGAACUGUUCCUACCAAAACAUGACACGUGUAUCUCUAAAGUCUUGCAAGAAUUGCUGCAUGCUGCCUUCACUUGGACAGCUGCCAUCUCUCAAGUCGCUGCACAUUCGAGGUUUGGAUCAGCUGAGGAGGAUUGGCGAGGAGUUUUACAAGAACGAAGGAGCUCAUCAUUCUUCACAUAUUGCACCGUUUCCCUCACUGGAGACUUUGGUAUUUGAUAACAUGGCAUGUUGGGAGGUGUGGCACGUAUCUGAGUCGGAAACUUUUCCUCAACUUAGGAACCUUGAAAUAACAAAUUGCCCAAUGUUGAAGGAAGAGAUGCUUAUUCAGGUAUUCUUCAGAAUAGUUUCUUCUUUGUCGGAUGUUUUCAAAGUUCGCAAACUACGUAUUGGCGAACACUUUAUAAACCGGCACACCGAAGCAGUGUUUCUUGACGGGGAUACUUUAAGAAUUAGGGGAAGUGAAUCUGUGAUGGAGUCUGCAUUGAAGGCAAUGAUGAGCAUCAACCAUCUACAUUGCCUCCAAGAAAUACACAUCUUGAGCUGUAAUAAACUAGAAUUCCCCCAGCUACAGCAGCACAGGUAUGAUUUGGUAGAACUACAAAUAGAACACAGCUGUGAUUCACUGACCUCCUUGUCGUUGGAUGUCUUUCCCAAUCUCAAGAAUCUCCAGAUAAAAGUUUGUAGCAAUCUCGAAUCAGUGGUAAUGUCAGAGGCACCACACGCUGCUCUUCAACGUGUCUCCAUCUAUUACUGCCCUGAAUUAGUGUCAUUAGCAGGAGAAGGACUGGCUGCACCCAACUUGACUCAUCUGAGCAUCACACAAUGCUACAAGUUGGAGGCAUUACCACAUGACAUGAAAAGUCUACUCCCAAGUUUACACUCUCUCGACAUAUAUGGUUGCCCAAGAAUUUGCAGGUUGCCAGAGGGUGGUUUGCCGCCUAACUUGAAAUCACUUUAAGUGGGAUUUUGCGAGAAACAAAUGAGGGAUCUAUCAUGGAUGGGCAACUUGCACGCCCUCACUCAUCUAAGAAUUGUAGGUAAUUACUGCGACAACAUAAAGUCAUACCCAGAGGUGGGUUCACUGCCUCACCUUCCCUCCCUUACCACUCUACAUAUCCAAGAGUUUAAUAAUCUGGAGACAUUGGAGUGCAACGAGCUUCUCCGCCUCACCUCCCUUCAACAACUACACAUUCAUUGGAGUCAAAAACUGGAGAAUAUGGAAGGAGAAAAGCUGCCUCCCUCUCUCUUGCUACUUCAACUUACGUGGUGUGGUUUGCUAGGAAAACACUGCAAGAACAAGCAUCAACUAAUCUGGCCCAAAAUUUCCCACAUCCCUGACAUUAACGUCUUCUAAACAGGGAUUUCUGAACAGGUAGCUUCUACCGAGGUUGGAGAAUAUGGCAGGAGAAAAGCUUCCUUUUUCUGUUACUAUUUCAAAUUCAACACUGUCCUUUGCCCGGCAAACUCUACAAGAAGAAGAGUUGCAGCUAAACUCUAUAUGAAGGUAACAUAAACUUGAUGGAUCUAGAGGCAUUGAUCUUUGAAGCUGCUCUAUCUCAUAUCAUUUCUUAUGAAGACCAACUCAAAUAGAUUUUCCAGGGGCAUCAAGAAAUAGAUAACUGCUAUGGUCGAGGAUCUACUUUCUUUCUGGUUUCAACCAUUAAAAUGUGCAUUAGGCAGCUUCUGUGGCAAUUGCAACUUGGUGAGCAUCUAAAAAGGAAUAAUACAUCAUUGUGUAUUUAUCAAGCAGGUUAUGAUAAUUUUCCUUUGUGUGAGGCCCAAGCAAACUCUUUUUGGAGAGUCCCUCUACAUCCCAAUUAGUGUAUUAACCUGAACAAAUGAAUGAUUGGAUGGUUAAAUUCUUUUCUGGUUUACCUGGAGUUCUUCAUUCAUAGUCCUUCAACUUUGAGGUGUGAUUGCAAUCCGAGCUCUCUAGCCAAAAAGUUCGUAAGCAACGGUCGUCUAUUGUAUCAUUGAUUUCACCAUUUAGUUUAUGCUUUUAUGUUCUUGUACAAGAGUUCUGCAUGUAUCUUUAGUAGUGCUUGUAAGUUUUGAGACUUGUUUGUAGCUUUGAUUUGGAAAAUAGUGAAAAUUUUUACCUUCCCAUG